CAAAUAAAGGGAUUGGAUUAGAGAUAGUUAGGCAACUAGCUUCAGGUGGGAUCAAAGUGGUGCUCACAGCAAGAAAUGAAGAGAGGGGUCUCCAAGCACUGCAAACACUCAAAGACUCUGCUCUCUCUGACUUAGUUCUGUUUCAUCAACUGGAUGUGGCUGAUGCUAAGUGUAGCUUCUCUCGCAGAUUUUAUAAAAUCCAAAUUUGGAAAACUUGAUAUUCUGGCAAUGCCAGAAGAUGAUAGGACAAAGACAAUUAUUCAAACAUAUGAGUUAGCUGAAGAAUGCUUACAAAUAAAUUACUAUGGAGCCAAAAUAACUGUAGAAUCUCCUAUGCCCCUUCUACAGUUAUCUGAUUCACCAAGAAUUGUGAAUGUGUCAGCCACUUUGGGGCAGUUAGAGUAAGAAAUAAGCUUGGUGAUGGAAUCAUACUUGGGAAUGCAAGAGGUGACACACUCAAAGAUCCAAGAGGAGUGGGCUAAAUAUGGAAGAUUGGGUCCGUCAAGGCCCAAUGGGCCCUAUGGGUUUGGAAGGCCCAAACCAAGUUUCAACAUGGCCUAAUCUUGAUAUGAACAUUCUUAUUAUA